ACUACGCGCGAUAUCCUUGAGAAUUCUACAGAACCUUCUGCUCCUAGAAAGUAGAUUCUCUCCUUUCUGUUGAACCAAUUAACCCACCCUCACUCCUACGUUUUCAAGACUGAAUUAAUCAACCAAGCUUCUUCCAGAAGCCUCACCUCCAACGAACCUUCCUCCCUCUCUCUCUCUCUCUCUCUCUCUCUCUCUCUGUGUCCUCUUCCUUUAAAUAACUUGGUCUUUGUCCACUCCAUUAAACACCAACUCUUCCUCUGAUUUCUUCACCUUUCCCGCCUGAGAAGAAAAUGGAAGACAAACUACAACUCCAUCUCCUAAACCUCGAAGAACCAGAGGAAGACGCACUCUCACUCUGUGACCUUCCCAUUCACGACCAAGACCCGGAAACCGAAACCGAACCCGGCUAUCAGAACUCUCCGGCACGCCCAGACCUCUUCGAGUUCUCCACCAACGCGAAACCUGGAACAAACCCUUCAACGGACAGAAUACUAUUCUGCGGCAGAGUCAUACACCGGAGAGAUCCGUUGCCCGGUGGGGUCCAACCAAAGUGGAGAUCGGAGUCUUUCAACAACUCCCAGACCUUUCACUCGGCUAGGUUGAGCAGCCCAGGCCGGUCAAGCUCUUUCCGGGCACCGGCAGCCGGGAGCUACCGGUACCAGAGCAGUGGGUCUAGGAAGCACAAGGUUUUGAUUGGGCUGACGAAGAUUCAGCCGAUGGACCUGAGCGAGAUAAGGAAGAGGCAAGGCCGGCGUACCCCAGCGCCGAUUGUCCCGGUUCCGGAUGAACCGGUGAUCGCCAGUGGUGGAAAGAGUCAUUGGGGCCUGCUUCGGCCGUUGAGGUGUAAAAGCCACCUGGCUAGAGUGUUGGCUAUAGCGUCUUUCGGUUGUUUCCCACUCAUGUGAUCGUGUGACGUGGUCCUCCCACGUGUGGGAAGAUGGCUCGGCCUGCUCAGUGCUCACGGAUGGAUUAAUUUACCUAAUUUUUUGUAUUGUUGGGAGGUCUUGUACAUUUGUUCAAUUUUUAGUUCAUUAUUUUUUCUUCUUAGGAUAUA